AUGACAACAAUGCAGUUCUUCGUCAAGACCCUCACCGGGAAAACAAUCACCGUCGAGGCCGAAAUCUUCGACAAAAUCGACACUGUCAAAGCCAAGAUUCAGGACAAAGAAGGGAUUCCAUCCGAUCAGCAGCGGCUUAUCUUCGCCGGAAAACAGCUCGAAAACGGGCAAACGCUAGCCGAUUACAACAUACAAAAAGAAUCGACUCUCCAACUCGUUCUCCGGCUACGUGGCGGCAUGCAAAUCUUCGUCAAGACACUCGCCGGAAAAACAAUCACUCUUGAAGCCGAAAAGUUCGACACGAUCGACAAUGUGAAGGCCAAGAUUCAGGACAAAGAAGGAAUUCCAUCUGGUCAACAGCGGCUGAUUUUUGCCGGAAAACAGAUGGAAAACGAGCGAACGCUGGUUGACUACAAUAUACAGAAAGAGUCGACUCUGCAACUCGCCUUGAGGCUUCGCGGUGGAAUGCAGAUAUUCGUGAAGACGCUGACCGGAAAAACAAUCACUCUUGAAGUCGAAAGUUUCGACUCGAUCGAUAAUGUGAAAGCUAAGAUUCAGGACAAGGAAGGGAUUCCACCGGACCAGCAAAGGCUUAUCUUUGCUGGAAAACAGCUAGACGACGGGAGGACUCUGGCCGACUACAACAUACAGAAAGAAUCGACUCUGCAUCUCGUCUUGAGGCUUCGCGGUGGCUUUGCGAAGAUUCAGGACAAGGAGGGCAUCCCCUCCGACCAGCAGCGUCUCAUCUUCGCCGGUAAACAGCUCGAGGACGGCCGAACCCUAGCCGACUACAGCAUCCAGAAGGAGUCCACCCUGCACCUCGUCCUCCGCCUCCGCGGUGGCUCCGGCGGGACCAGCUGGCGGAUCCCCUUCGUCGCCAACCACCUGUUGAAGAAGAUCCAGCAGCUGAACCAGAGCUCGAAGAAGGAGCUGAUCAAGACGUGGUCGAGGGGGUCCACCAUCGUGCCGGAUAUGGUGGGACACCGGAUCGCGGUCCACGACGGCCGGAAGCACGUCCCGUUCCGCAUCUCGGAGAAUAUGGUCGGCCACAAGCUGGGGGAACUGAAGCCCAAGCGCUCGCACAGGAAGGAGGUCCACGCGCGCGGCAAGGCCGCGAAAAGUCCCAAGAGUCCAAAGAAGAAGUAA